AUGGGCUCUAGUGUGAGAGGUAUCCCUCAACUUCAAUCUAUACAGAGGAAUUUAGCGGCUCCGGCGGGAGUGAGCGGCUUGAGCGGCAGUGAGCGGCUGACGUCACACGACGCCGCCCCCGCCCCCGACACCGCCCCACAUCCGGCGCCACCCCCACCCCGACGCCACCCCCGACGCCACCCCCACCCCCGACGCCACCCACCUCUCCUCCCGACGCCACCCACAUCGUCACCCCCACCCCCGUCGCUAACCCCUACCACCAUCGGGCAGGUUCAAGGUCAUCCUUUGUUGUCUGGAACCACCCUUCGCAUCGUGGGAGGUCUCCAAGCCAACCCUCCCUACACCAUCACUCACUGUCAGCCGCAGCUGCUCCCCAACACCUGCGCUUCAAGCGACCCCCCGCUCCUCCCUUCCAACCCUUGCUCCUCCCGCUCACUCACGAUCCUCCCGCUUACUCAUGCUACCCCCACCCGCCCCAACACCCCCCCCCACACUCACACCUCGACACCCCCACCGCCCAACGCCUCACCACUAUGCCCCCACCCCAUUCUCCCGCCUUCGCGAAGGUUCAGGGUCAUCCUUUGUUGUCUGGAACCUGCCUACGCAUCGAGGGAGGUCUCCAAGCCAACCCUCACUACACACCAUCACUCACUGCCUUAG